GGGAGGGUAGCUUGGGGCGUGGGGGGAAUAAGAUGGCUGCCCCCAUCAAGAUCGUAGAGUGGUCAUGCAGUGGACUCCAGCCUGCUUGCUGGGGGGCAGCUCUCUUGUCCCUUGCAGGUUGCUUUGCCAGGACUGGGGUGCUGGUCUUGUAGGGUUGCCUAGUUGAGGUGUCCAAUUCCCAGAGAGUUCCCCCUUCCUAUGCACGCAUUUCCUGCACCCUGUCAAUUUAGUCUUGCCUUGGGUGUCAAAAGGAUGCGUAGAGAGAUUGCCCUGCGGAGAAGUCAGCUUGUUCCUUUGCACACAAAAGAUGUUCAAAGAUGCCAUAUGCUGCAGGAAUUUUUUGGGUUUUUUGAAGCUAUAAGCGGUUGCUUUUGUGCAAGGGGGCUUCUCUGGGGGAGAAAGGGACAUGAGGGUCGUCGGGGCGGGCUCCUAUCUCCGUGAGAUGCGGUGGUGCCGGCUCCUGGGUUUCACUGGGACGUUUUUCGCUUAAGUUGCAACGAAGGGAAAAGGGACGAGGUAGUGCGGGGAGGGGUUGAGCCCCCCCCCCACAUGAGCUGAAAGCGGAGGGGCAGGGUCGGAUCGAGGCCAUGGGGAACGUGCUUUACCCCGCGCCCGUCCCGCGGAGGGGCCCCCGCCGCGAGGAGCCGCUGGCUAAUCCGGGGAGUUUCGAUGAGCUGCACAGAAAAUGCAAAGAAGUCUUCCCUCAGCAGAUGGAAGGCGUCAAGCUGAUCAUUAAUAAAGCCCUCAGCAGCCAUUUUCAGGUGUCCCACACAAUCCACAUGAGCACAAUCGGGCCGUCAAAUUACCACAUAAAUGCCACAUAUGUUGGGGAUCAGCAGACCAGUCCCACAGAGGCCUUUCCAACCCUCAUUGGGGAUAUUGACACGACUGGAAGUCUCAACGCUCAGGCGCUUCUCCUGUUGGCAGAGCGGAUCCGGACAAAGGCUGUCUUCCAGACACAGCAGUCCAAAUUUAUGACUUGGCAGUUCGAUACAGAGUACCGGGGCGAUGACUACACAGCCACCCUGACAUUGGGCAACCCGGAUUUGAUCAGCGAGUCGGUUAUUGUCGUUGCGCACUUCUUGCAGAGCAUUACUUCACGGUUGGUUCUAGGGGGUGAAAUGGUAUACCACCGGCGGCCAGGCGAAGAGGGCGCCAUCGUCACACUGGCUGGGAAGUAUACAGCUCUCAAAUGGGUAGCCACGCUUAACCUCGGCUAUGGUGGGGCUCAUGCCAGCUAUUACCACCGAGCCAACGACCAGAUUCAGGUUGGGGUAGAAUUUGAAGCCAACACCCGGCUGCAGGAAACUAGCUUUGCUUUUGGUUAUCAGCUGACCCUUCCUCAAGCCAACAUGGUGUUCAGAGGCUUCUUGGAUAGUAACUGGUGCGUGGGGGCCGUUCUGGAGAAGAAGCUGCCGCCUCUGCCCGUCACCCUGGCCUUGGGCACCUUCCUCAACCACUGGAAGAAUCGGUUCCACUGCGGCUUCAGCGUCAUCGUGGGCUGAGAGCUCUGGGACUCUUCUCAGCUGAGGGAGAUGCUGCCGGGUUUAAUGUUUUGCGAAACUGUGUGGUACGGUCGGCCCGGCUGCAUGUGAGGGCGAUGGGCUGGUCCACCACGGACUUGGCGCAGGGGGUGGUAAUUCAGGGCUUGCGAUGCCCUCCCUCUCAGAGCCUUUGCUCCAGAGCCCUGCCGGAAUAGGGCUCUCUGAUGGGCCUGUGGAAAGCCGGCAGUUGCUUGGAGAGAUGUCCAAAAGCGGUCGUGGUUUGCCCUCAUCCCGAUCCACGAGGUACUGAUUUUGUGGCAGGGGUGUGGUGGGUGGCAGAACCCCGUUGUCCCCCCCACCUUAUGGAUGGUAGCCUUCCUGCCUUCGUUCGCUGCAGUUCGGUGGAUGCCGACCUCAUGGAGUGGAUGUUGUUUCUAUGUUGGACCGGUGCCAGGGCUCGGCAAUUGGGAGAGAGGCUGUUUAUCUCCCAUCCUGGCACCCUACAAUUGGCUUGUGGGUGCUGUGUACCCCCCCUUUCCCCUGACUGUUGAAACGGUUGCCGAUUCUGUGUAUGAUGACUUGGAGCCUGAUUAAAAUCAUACUGGAGUCCACUCCUCCCCUUCACGAA